AUGGAGAGUGGUGAGUUUGGAAGUAGCGGCGGAUGUGGAGAGGAGAUCGAAAGAGCACUCAUGGACCUGGGCCCGCUUCUCGGAGUCAGCAUUAAGGAGGAGGUACCCGACGAUUCUGCAGAUGGCGUGGCUUCUUUACGGACCAACGUGAGCAGUAAUCACGAUGGUGCUGAGGGUAAUUCUGGUGCUGAUGGGUCUGGCAAGGGAGAUGGAGCAGAUUCCUUACCUUCACCAGCAACUCGCACUAGUUUUAUUUCAAUCAAAUGUGUGUUCUGCCAUGGUAUUCUUUCACAAACGGAGGGCACUCCUAAACUCAUGGAAUGCCUUCAUUCAGCAUGUGAACUUUGUGUCAAAACAAAAGUAGAAGAGAAACUGGCUGGUAGUAGAGAUUUUUUAGGAGCGGGUCGUGUCACAAUCCAGUGUGCUGCAUGCAGACUGCAAUGUCAGCCCAACAAUAUGAUUGAUCAACGAUUUGUAGUGGAGAAAGUUUCAGUGGAGCAGGUGGGCAACACUGGAGGUAGUGGAGGUGAGCAGCAAUGCAACAGCUGUGAGGACACAGAGCCCGCCAACAGCUAUUGUGUGGAUUGUGCGGAGUUCAUCUGUGAUAAUUGUGUCCAGGCACAUCAGAGGUUGAAGAUAACGAAAGAUCAUACAAUUAAGGUCAAAGAGGAAGCUCUUGCUGAGCUGCAGGCUGCACAGGGAGGACGGACAGAAAAUCAUGAUAUGUUUUGUCGUGACCAUCCGCAGGAGCGACUAAGUCUGUUUUGCGAGACAUGUGAUCGCCUGACGUGUCGUGACUGUCAACUGCAACACCACCGAGACCACAAGUACCAGUUUAGCACAGAGAUGGCAGCGCAGGCUCGCGCCAGCAUCGCAGCGCUCGUGUCCGAAGUGAGCUACAAACGAGUCCUCCUCGGCUCCGCCAUGAAGGUGAUACGCGAUCGGCAACACCUUAUCGCUGACAAGAAGAAAGCGCUCGUGCACGAGAUCACGCAGACGGUCGUCAAGUUGACGAACGCGAUCAACACGCGUGGCAAACAACUCGUGUUGCGGUUGAAUGAAGUCUGCGACGGGAAGCAACGCACGCUAGGCGAGAAAAAAGAGGCGCUCGAACAGCUCGCUGCCAUCACGGACCAUUGCCUCGACUUCGUCGGCGCCGCCCUCGAGCAGGGUAGCGACACGGCCGUCCUAUACAGCAAACGCGCCGUCUGCGCUCAUCUGCAACGUAUUAAGAGCCGUCGUGCCGAUAUUCCCAAUCCCGAAAUCCCUGUGCGAAUCACGCUGGCCCUAGACAAACUUCCCGAACUCAUUCGAGUGCUUUCAACAAUUGGUGGAAUUGUGGUCGACGGAAAAGUGGACGGCGGCAGCCCCAGUCCUGGAUCAACAGCGGCGCCGGUACCCGUAGCUGCGGCGACCGGGGUCCCCGCGGUCGUCGCACCCUACCAGACGGCGCCGCACUCGGCUGUGUUGGCGCUGCAACAGGUCGCCAUGCAUCAGUCAUACGUAGCGGCGGUGUCCGGCGUGGGCGGCGCAAACAACGCCUAUAUGGGCAUGACCCGGUCGCGAGCCCACACACCUCUACGACAGCCCCACGUGACGUCCACCACGCACCCGCAUCACCUACACGGUGUGAACGAGUUGAAUCUGCGGGGGUUGCUUAACGCGUCGGGAAGAGGCAGUGGAAGCGCACCCGCGCGGGCGCUGCCCCCGCCCCCGCCCCAUGCACAAAACGUUCAUUCCGCAUUCCAACAUAUGAUGGGCGCUUACGGUAACAUGGCGUUUCCAGCCAACUCGACAGCUUCCGGAGCGAGUGGUCGUCGGAGCGGUGGACCGCGCACCCCAUCACCAGCCCCUCCCGCACCCCAUUAUGCCUCGCACACUCCUCCUGCCAAGUGGCACAUCCCCCAACACGGACACAAUGCAGUUGCAGAAGGCGCGGUGUCAGGCAGCGCCGGUGCCAUACCGGGCGGCGCUGAUUUCAAGAUCCAGCUUGGGCGACCGCACUCAACGCCAACUGUGAACCGGAAUCCCGUAGUAACGUCCACGAACCCCAAGACGCCGAGUCCCAGCCUCAACGGCGGCGUGUCCUCCGAACUGGACAAGGUGUGCGCGGAAUCCGUACAGGAUCUGAUGGCGACUAUAGCUAAGCUCGACUCGAAUGGUGUACAAGUGGUGCCGGAGCGCGCCUCUCCUGCCGCACCGCUCAUCGCGUCGUUGCCAGCCUCUGCGUCUGCAAUCGCUUCGCCCGAACUCGUGCAUUCGUCAACUGGCGCCGCGCCGGCCGACCCGAACGAGGACUGGUGCGCCGUGUGUAUGGACGGGGGAGAGCUCAUGUGUUGCGACAAGUGCCCAAAAGUCUUUCACCAGUACUGCCACAUCCCGGCCGUCGAGAAGCUACCUGAGGAGACGGAGUCCUGGCAAUGCUUGCUCUGCAUUAACUUCGCGGCGCCAGGCGAGGAAGGCGGCGAAGCGGUGAACACGGGCGAGCUUGUCGGGCGACAGCGUCGCAUCGUCGAGCGAAUAACGCUCGAGCUCUACUGCCAGCUUGAGCUGUCGCUGCCGUUCCGUGAGCCUCAGCCUGCGCGCCCUAUGUGCCUCGACAUGAUACGGUGCAAGCUGCAGCCGCGCGCCGACGGACGAUACACGCACGAGGCGCAGUUCGUCGCCGAUGUGCGCCUGCUCUUCCGGAACGUGUACAGAUACAAGCCGCCUGACUCGCAACUGUACAAGGACGCUAAAAGGCUAGAGGAAUUCUUUGACGCACAACUGCUGAAGUGGAUGCCCGAGUACGCGUACUGGAGUGGCGAGGGCGAACCGCCCGCGAAACGAUCCCGCCUCGAAUGA